AAGAAAUGGCUUGCAUUUGGGAAACUUGAGGUUGGGGGAUAUGAGGAAUUUUCUAGUUCAGACCCUGCCACCCAUCUGUCUGCUGAACUCUCUUCAUCUGUUCAGUUUAAAAGAACGUCUUCUGUGUAGCCCUUGCCAGCCAGCGCCACCAGUGCUUCUCUCCAAGCCUCAGCGCCCCCCAGCAGUCUUUGGAGCAAGCACAUAAUCACUUGAUCUCUGUAUCUGGGGCUCUUGUGGCACUGUGACGUCUUGAAGACCAGUCUUGCUCUACUUCUCCAGCACCUACCCCAGUCUCUGACACAUGGUAGAUGCUUAGUGAAAGUCUGAGAUGUGGAUGAGUUGCCCUGGGCAGGGGCGGAGGAGCAAUCUUUUAUUGAUCCCCUACUACAGGGUUCACGGUUCUCUCUUGCUCUUGCAAAAACCACUACUGUUGGUCUAGCCGUCAUGUGUCAUAUGGGUCUGUCAUGUUAUGUAACAUACGGGUGUCAUCGGCCACAGGCAUAUUAUCCCGCUUCUGCAGUUGAGGAAGCUGAGUGAGGCUCAGAGGCUUAAGCCAUGUGCUCAAGGUCACACAGCUAGUAAAUGAUGGGGCCUGGAUUUGAAUGGGUUUGUUGGAUUCGGAGAUAUUCUUAUACUUGCUUUCUCAUUUGAGAAGCCAAGUCUCACAGAGACGAGGAAACCUGCAUCAAGGCCUACUGUAAGUUGAUGGCGGACUGAGUCCUGUGGACAAUGCAACUAAGAUUGAGGAGGGCGGGAGAGAGCACAUUUUGUUUUUGUCAGCUACACCGUGAAAUGACUGUUUAUGUCCAUCUGUUGAGUUUUUGAAAAUUGACACGCUUUCUGAUCACUUUGUCAAUGGAAUUUUCUUUGGUCUGAUUGAGCUUGUUCGCGGUCUCUAAGAAUAGAAACUUACAAAAACAAAUAGAGUGAAGUAAGUGUCAGCCCUUCAGUGAGUGUAUUGAGUGUAACCCAUUUAUGGACUUUUUGACUAGAUCUAUUUUCCUGUCAUGUGGUUAAGUUUUUUAUGUCUUGAAAUGCAAAGUUGUGUCAGCAGACUUUUUUAACGUCAUUUCAUUUUGUCUUCACAUCAACAUGGAAAUAGGAAAACAAAAAAGGGCAUCUGCACGGAUCAGCCUGUUAAGUGUCCUUUUCUUAUCUCAGCUCAGAUCUUUAAGUGACCUAUUCUUGAUCUCAGCGAGAUCUUGAUAUCAGGAUUGUGAGUUCAUGCCCCCUAUUGGGCUCCGAGCUGGCCAGGAAGCCUUCUUUAAAAAAAAAAAAAACCCCCACAAACAACCAUCUAAGAUGGGAUUACCCCACCCAUCUUCGAGUGGAGAUAGAGACCCAGAGAGGUUAAGUAACUUGUGGGGAACUGGCACAGCUGGGAGUCAAACCAAGGCCUGGGUGAUUCCCAAACCUGGCUUCCUACCCCAUCAGCCCCUCUGUGUUAGGUAUGCUUAUCUAAAUUAUGGCAUACACUUGUGGUCUUGAAAAUCACCACCAAGUCGAUGUAGAAGGCUGGGAAUGGCGAAUGAGAGUUCUUUUUCCUAACCUAGGAUCUGUGAAAGCCCUGUGGGUUGAAUGUCAAGAGUUUAAUGAAUCACUUGAACUGAUAGACGCCAGAUUUAGGAUUAGAUUAAAAAAAAAAGGUUUGCCUCCUUUGAACCAGAUCGGCAACAUUGUUAAAAUGCCCGGUGUACAUGCAUUGGAUUCUUUCUGGUGACUCAUUCCCAGCAUCCCCAGGUGCUGGAACCUUUGUGCCUGGGCACGGACAAGCCUUCCUGUCGGUCAAGGCUUCACUUCAAGCGCUCUGGAGACAGAACAGGUCAUGGCUUCUGGCUUCUUGGACCUAAGGCUUCAGUGGAGGAAAUGACUGCCCAGGCUCGUGCUCCACGCCUGUCACGGAGACUGAACCUUCGCAGGGCACGAACUUGCCCAGCACAGGAGCGUCUCUCUCUUUGAAGGGCUUGACAUUUGUCACAAAGAAACGUGAAAAUGGCGACUUCCUCUAUCAGACGGCAAAUGAAAAACAUUGUGAACAAUUACUCGGAAGCUGAAAUCAAAGUGCGGGAAGCCACCUCCAAUGACCCGUGGGGCCCGUCCAGUUCCCUGAUGACCGAGAUCGCCGACCUGACCUACAAUGUGGUGGCGUUCUCGGAGAUCAUGAGCAUGGUGUGGAAGCGCCUCAACGACCAUGGCAAGAACUGGCGGCACGUGUACAAGGCGCUGACGCUGCUGGACUACCUCAUCAAGACGGGCUCCGAGCGGGUGGCUCAGCAGUGCCGGGAGAACAUCUUCGCCAUCCAGACCCUGAAGGACUUCCAGUACAUCGACCGCGACGGCAAGGACCAGGGCAUCAACGUGCGUGAGAAGUCAAAGCAGCUGGUGGGCCUCCUCAAGGACGAGGAGCGGCUGAAGGCCGAGAGGGCCCAGGCUCUCAAAACCAAAGAGCGCAUGGCCCAGGUCGCCACGGGCAUGGGCAGCAACCAGAUCACCUUCGGCCGCGGCUCCAGCCAGCCCAACCUGUCCACCAGCUACUCGGAGCAGGAGUACGGCAAGGCCGGAGGGUCUCCAGCCUCCUACCACGGCUCGCCCGAGGCCUCGCUGUGUCCCCAGCACCGCGCAGGGGCCCCGCUGGGUCAGAGUGAGGAGCUGCAGCCGCUGAGCCAGCGCCACCCCUUCCUGCCGCACCUGGGGCUGGCCGCCCGCCCAAAUGGCGACUGGUCCCAGCCCUGCCUCACUUGUGACCGCGCAGCCCGAGCCACUUCCCCGAGGGUGUCCUCUGAGCUGGAGCAGGCCCGGCCGCAGACCAGCGGAGAAGAGGAGCUACAGCUGCAGCUGGCACUUGCCAUGAGCAGAGAAGUCGCUGAGCAGGAAGAACGCCUCAGGCGGGGUGAUGACCUCAGAUUACAGAUGGCCCUAGAAGAAAGCCGAAGAGACACGGUUAAGGUUCCCAAAAAGAAGGAGCAUGGCUCCCACCCACAGCAGACUACUCUGUUGGAUUUAAUGGACGCCCUCCCCAGCUCAGGCCCUGCUGCCCAGAAAGCAGAGCCUUGGGGCCGGUCAGCCUCAGCUAACCAGACAAACCCUUGGGGCGGGCCGGCGGCCCCAGCCAGCACUUCAGACCCCUGGCCACCGUUCGCUCGGUUCCCUGGAUGUUUGCCGAAGUGUGCCAAAUGCCAGGCUCUGUCGUGCUAUCCAGGGACCCACACACAAACAGGUGCCAAGCCAGCUGCCUCUGUUGACCCGUGGGGUGUGCCCACUGGUGCCAGCACACACUCCGGCCCGAAGGGCUCGGACCCCUGGGCGGCCCCGCAGCAGCCUGCCCCCAGGGCCGGGAAGACAGCAGACGCCUGGGCUGCAGCCUCGGCCACUAAACCCAUCUCUUCCUCUGGGGCCUUUGAUCUCUUCAGUAAUCUGAAUGGUACCAUUAAAGAUGACUUUUCUGAAUUUGACAACCUCCGGACUUCAAAAAAAACAGCUGAGGCUGUGGCCUCACCUCCGUCCCAGAACAAUGGAACUACAAGCCCAGACCCCUUCGAGUGCCAGCCCCCGACCUCCACCUCGAGCAAGCCCAGCAGCGCUCGGAAAACACCCGAGUCCUUCCUGGGCCCCAAUGCAGCCCUGGUCAACCUGGACUCGCUGGUGACCAGGCCAGCCCCACCAGCCCAGUCCCUCAACCCUUUCCUGGCACCAGGUGCAGCCACCGCUUCGGCCCCUGUCAACCCCUUCCAGGUGAACCAGCCGCAGCCGCUGACGCUGAACCAGCUGCGGGGGAGCCCUGUCCUGGGGACCAGCACGUCCUUUGGGCCUAGCCCAGGUGUGGAGCCCAUGGCUGUGGCCUCCAUGACCUCCACGGCCCCACACCUGGCUCUGGGGGCCGGAGGGUCCUCCCUGACGCCACUUGGCCCCACCGCGAUGAACAUGGCGGGGAGCGUGGGCCUUCCCCCCUCGGCAGCUCAGGCCACCGGCACAACCAACCCUUUCCUUCUCUAGUGCCAGGGCUGGGGCCCCACCACAGAGCGCAUGCCCAGAGCCUCCGUGCCUGAGGACGCCGAGCAGGGACUCUCGAUUGUGGAAUGGUGUCCGAGAGUGGGGGUGUGGGUGUUAGGGCUUUCCAGUUCUGGCUUUCUGAUAGAAGGGUUGUCUGCACAGCCCUGACCCGUUAAGCAGCGGCAGGCCUGCUAGACGUCAGACGUGGGUCUCCGCGCCUUCUGAGGCUGCCCACCCGCCUGUCCCCAGCCCACUGCCCGUGGGAGGGGCCCAACCCAGUGGCAUCCCCACUUCCUCCCGAACGCCGAGGUCCUGGUCCUGGAGACCGGCUAGCUCUCUGGGGCCCAGGACGAGGGGGCGGGAGCUGUCAGCAUUGACCUCACCCUGGGCCUCAGCCUGAGGGCCUCUGGGACGCUGCCUGGCCUAGGCCUAGGAACGCCACCGCUGUGUCCUUGUGACCCACCCCCUCCAGCCCUAGCGACACCCGAGACGGUCCCAGGUGUGGAUGGAAUGAAGCACGGCUCCGUGAGACGCUGACCUUCUGGGGAAGUGGUUGUGCAUAUUUUAUUUUUCUUUGACUCGUGUGUGAGUUCAAAGCAAACCCUACCACCGCGGAACAACUCUUAAAUUAAAUCCACUAGAGCGAGCUUUAAACUAAUCUGAGCAUAACCCCUGCCACGUGGCUCUAUGCUUGUAUACGUUUGCACAUAAUUUGUUUAGUACAGUUUCAUAUUUGAGUUUGCAGAAUUACCUAAUAGUCUUUUUUUGGCUAAUAUUUUUAUAACGUGGUUCUUAUUUAACUGUCUAGUUUUGAUAGAAUUUACCAGGUCUGGCUGAAUUAAGAUACUGGCACGUGUCAUGUGAAUGGUUUAAACCCUCUUAUUUAUGGUUUUAACUCUAAGAAAAUUUAAAUAGGAAGCAAAAAAAAAUGCCUUAUGGGGGGGAAAAAAAACUAAAGCAAAUUCUUUAUAGGGAAAAAUACGGGAAUUUGAUUACACAGAAAAGAUGAUGUUUAUUUAAAAAAAAAAAAUCUACAACAGCAACAACAACAAAAACCCAGCCUCCAGUUGCCUUUUCCUUUCUUUUACUCCCUUUUUUGGUGACUUACCCAACAGAUUGAACCGCAGCCUUCUGGGCUGGAUCCUGAGAGAGGCUGUUUUUCUUACUGGUACACCAACAUCAAGUUAAAGGGAAAAAAAUCUGAUGGAUGGAUGUGACUCACCAGUUUUUAUCUGCUAAUUCCCUUUUAUAACUGAAGGCAUGCACGGAUCAACAAGGACUUCCGUUUCCGGUGCAAAUUGGAAACGGAAGAGGCAUCUUGAACCUUGUGUGUCUGUGAUCCUCUCUGUCUUAAUCCGCACUCAGGGUAAGGAUGGGGAUGGCGUGGAGACUGCGGGCGUCUUCAGUGCCCACGGCUCCCCGGGGCCAGCCUCCUGCUAACUCCAGACACACACUGCAGACUUAAAAUUCUCAUCAUCUCUUAUUUCGGAGAGGAAGAAAAAAAAAAGUCAUUCUCACAUGGAUUUUUAACAAACAUGCACUAAUAUUACCUCCCUUUCCCAACUCCCUCCUUUCCUCGCCCCACCCGCCACUAGAAGAAAAGUAUGAAUUCAUGAAAGAGCAGAAAAGACGUGCUUCUCCCCAGGGAAGGAAGCCCCCCUCCCCCCGCCCCCGCCACACACACACCCAACCUGCCUCCGGUCAGGUCACCUUGCCUGUGGGCGCUGCAGUCUUGCUUUCCACUGUGGACUUCACCCCAACUCCAAGGCAGCUGACCCCCCGGUGUUCCUCCGCUUCCUGUGGCCUGUUCUGGGAGGAGGUCAGACCCUGAGCAGGGCACAGGCCUGGAGAUGAGCAGGCGGAGUCCCAAACAGCCUUUUCUGGCCUCUCCUGUUUCCUCAUUUUAAAAGCUCACCCAUGCCGCUCCCCAAGACUGUCCCCCAGCCGGAGGAGCCACCCCCAGAGCUCCUGACCGGCCAUGCCUCCACCAGAGCCGGACAGCUGGGGCUGGACCGCGGGCUGGAGCCCGCCCUGGCCUCCUCCGACCUGGGGGAGCACGGGGACAGGGUGGGGCCCAGCAGGUGGCUCCCCCCCGGGAGGUGCUUUCACUCACAUGGUGCGAGCCCGGACCCCUUCACAGGCCAGUAGCCCAGACCUGACUACUGCGUCGGUGAUUCUUUUUGUAAACAGUCAAGAGCCCUUCCUGACUUGACUUCGAGGCCCCAGCAUUCUAGCCACUGGGCCGCCGAGGCCCCACAAGACCCACUGCGCCCCCUCUCCCCACCCCCUCACACCCGGGCACAGGCCUGUCCCAGGCACCUUGUCCCUGUUGCCUGCUGCACUGAUCAUGAAGCCGCCGGCUGCUGCCACACGUGUGACACACGUGCCGUCAUGCUCCCUCCUGAUGGGCACCGGGGUAGGGGCGCCGCCCAGCCGUUUUCUCAGUCCCAGGGGCCGGUGGCUGGUUUUGAACGUGUGUUGACUAUUGAUACUUAUUUACUGUACAAAUAUAAUUUAUCAUUUGUAUCAUGA